CGCCAUUCAUUCUUUUGAGUUGCUUUUUCGUUUUACGAGUCCGUAUUGAGCACGAUUUGUCAUCGAGAUCGACGCAACAUCAUCGCGUAAAACUAAUUACGUAGGAACGGCUGAAACAAAAGUCUGCGCGGCGAGGGCCCAGCUGGCGCCAAGUGAAACUCUCGUGCCCGUCUGACGUGAUCCAUCUGCGAGAUCGUAUCGUGCCAGUGAUGGUUUUGCUUUCCUUUUACGUUAUCGGAAACUUUCGCUCGUGUGCCUGAUGGUGGAACUAUGUACGAAUAGCAGACUAUACGAGAGGGAGGACUCAGCAUGGGGGCAUUUUUGAACAAACCGGAGACGAAGAAGUACAACGAGAGCGGGGAAGGGAACGGCUUGCGCUAUGGCGUGGCGUCGAUGCAGGGCUGGCGUGUGGAGAUGGAGGAUGCGCACCACGCGCAACUUACACUCAACGGGACGCUGUCGGACUGGUCCUACUUCGCGGUGUUCGACGGGCACGCGGGCGCGAGGGUCUCUGCGCACUGCGCCGACAACCUGCUCGAGUGCAUCUUGCAGACUGACGAGUUUCGGCGUGAGGCGAUCGCCGACGCCAUUCGCGCCGGCUUCCUUGACCUCGACAAGAAGAUGCGCGAGCUGCCGGAGCUUUCCAACGGCGAGGAAAAGUCCGGUUCUACGGCCGUCUGUGCAUUCGUGUCCCCCAAACAGAUCUACAUAGCUAACUGUGGUGAUUCUCGAGCAGUUCUCGCGCGGAACGGCGCGCCGAUCUUUGCUACGCGUGAUCACAAACCAGAAUUGCCAUCUGAGAAGACUCGUAUAGUUCAGGCUGGCGGUUCUGUCAUGAUACAACGUGUGAAUGGCAGUUUAGCUGUGUCAAGGGCUCUGGGGGACUAUGAAUACAAGAAGGUGCUUGACCGAGGGCCAUGUGAGCAGCUGGUGUCUCCCGAGCCAGAGGUGUCAGUGCAUGAGAGGAAUGAGACAGAGGAUGAGUUCUUGGUGCUGGCGUGUGAUGGAGUGUGGGAUGUGAUGAGCAAUGAGGCGCUGUGUGCGUAUGUGCACUCACUGCUGCAACUCACUGAUGAUCUGGUGCAGAUCACUAAUCAAGUCAUCGACACCUGCCUCUAUAAGGGGAGCAAAGACAACAUGAGCAUUGUGCUCGUGGUGUUCCCGGCGGCGCCCAAGCCGAGCGCGGAGGCCCAGCGCGCCGACCGCGAGCUCGACGACACGCUGCGCACGCGUAUCACAGCUCUGAUCGAGAAGAGCGCGGGGCUCGAGGAGCGCGAGGACUCCGGCAGCCACUUCUCGUGGGUGCUGAAGCAGCUGGUGCAGGAGAACAUCCCCGGCCUGCCGCCCGGCGGGGGACUCGCCGCCAAGCAAGCGCUGCUGGACAAGAUAUACAGGGAGUUCUACCCGGAGCACGCGGACAGCUCGGAGACGUUCGACUGCACCGCGGAGCUGACCGACACGUUCCAGUCCAACUGAGAGCCGUUUUGUAAAUAAGCCUCGGCGUCCGCGGCCGCCGCGGGCCUCGACGGACCGGGCGCGGUCGCAGCACCGCGUCGCCUGCGCCCACCUUGUAUAGAUCCUCUCCAAUUUUCGGCCGCAUUAUGUUUUCUUUCGUAGUUUAGACUUUCAUUUCGUGUUACUUAUUGGCCGUUCAUAAAUGUCAUAAUAUUAGAUGUGUAAAAUAGAGAUUCGAGUAAAUUAUGUAAAAAUACUAAAUUCUACACUAGUGAUCGUUAUCGGUAGACCUCUUUAUUUUGUGAUGUCUUUUUUAUAUUUCACAAUCCGAUUUGGCCAGUCGUAGUCUUCGCGCCGUUUGACGCGCUGACGCCCGAACGACCGUGUCGAUGUGAUUCUCGUCGAUACCUUAGUUCCUCUUUGUACAUAAUUCUAUCUUUCACCUCCAUAGUCAUCGUUCAAAUCGUUAGUCACUCGCGUCAUAUUGAUUUAUUAGCUUAAAUAAUUCUUAAUUGGGAUUCGGAAUUUUAUGGGGUUUUGUUAUUUUUAUUUGUUCCCAAAAGUGCUGUACGUACUUCAUUUUCAUUUUCGUAGUGUAGAAUUAAUUGGCGCUUCUAAAAUCUUAAUUGUACGCAUCGUCCUUUGAUUUAUGUCUCCCGAGUUUUUUUAUAAUCGCUUUGUACUUAGAAGAACUAAUCUACGUUAUUUAGCACUCGCGAUGGUUAUCUUCGAUCGCGUGGCGUCGUCGCCACGACCGUGCAAGCGUUACCGAGCAGUCUGAUCCGAUAUAUCAUUGUGAACGAUAUUGUUACCAAACUGAAAAGAAAUGACGGCGACCUUUCUAACGACAAAAAGUUUAUUUCUUUUCCUCUUGUAAAUAAACGAGAAUAAAAUGAGAUACUUUUGUACCUGUUCGAGCGGAUCGGAAUGAAUACUUGAGGACGGCAUUAUUAGUUGGUCGGCCGGCGAACCAGCGUCACUGCGACGCCGCCGGAUGCAGCUGACCUGUUCAGUACAAUCUACAUAUUCGCUGAAAUGUUGUCGUAGUCUGAAGUGAAGAUGCAUGGCGUAACUCCGGCCAUUAUUUUGUGUCCUAGUUGUAACUGCCGUGGACGAAUGUCGACUACCAAAGCUGUAGUGGUCAUGUGUUCCUUUGGUCUG